AUGAUGUAUGAUGAUUUGUUGAAGAAGAUAGGAGAGUUUGGGUGGUAUCAGAAACGAAUAUUUGCCGUGACAUGUAUGCAGCCAAUUACAUCUGGACUGGGAAUGUUUAUAUUUUACAGAUGUGCAAUACCAGGAUAUAAAAACGACACCUACCAUCAACAAAACGAUUACCAUGGUUACCUAAUAAAUCAAUCUAUACCACAAUCCUCUAGCUGUCUUAUACGUAAUACUACAGUUGAUAAAUAUGGUAAUGUGACAUCAUUAGAAUACAAGUGUAGUUCCUGGGUAUAUGAUACCUCCAUCUUUACAUCAACAUUUGUCACUGAGUUUGAUAUGGUUUGUGAUAAUGCUGUACUGGAGAGUAAUGCUGUAAUGAUUCUAUUUCUGGGUUUACUACUUGGAUAUGGCCUUCUGGGGGUAGAAUUUGUUGGUCCAUCUAAAAGACGAUACACUGAUGUAAUAUCUAACUUAACAUGGUGUCUUGGUUUGUUCAUGAUUUCAUUAUUUGGCUAUCUCAUCAGAAAUUGGCGAUAUUUACAUCUUACUGCUGCUAUCUUUUCAACGCAUCUCUUGUUCUUUUUUCUUUAUUUUGGAAUUAUGUUAAAUUUAGAGUCGUUAGUUGGAGAUAUAUACCUGAAUCUUGUUCUAGCAACGAUUGUGGAAGCCAGUUGUUAUAUGUACUAA